AUGUUAGAGGUUCGGUCGCUGGGCAAAGACAGGGGCCGCGGUCUCGUAGCGACGGCGCCCAUACCAGCGCACUCAAUCCUGGCGAUCGUGCUCCCUGAUAUUUCGGUGUUGUACUCCGCGUUCGCGGGCUCGCGGUGCGCGUGCUGCUACGCCGCCAAACCCCCCAGCGAGGACGCACAGGGGGGGGGGUGGUUUGUCUGCCCGACAUGCGAUCAGUUCAUUCUCUGCCCGGAAUGCUGGGCGAUGUUGCCUGCCAACGAAGCCACUCCCAAACCCAAGGAGGAUUGGAUUCGAUCCCUCUCGAAACCCGCUGGUGAGUUAUACGACGCCAAGAGAAGGUGGGUUAGGGUGUCCAUGGCGGCCCAUCCCCUGAGCUGUGCGUGGUAUAACGAACUCCCCGCGGCGGUUCGGGCCCCUGGGCAGGAUACCGAUUUGCUGCGGUUUUGCCUUUCUUAUGGCGCACGCGUCGGGCAGGUCGGCGAUACCGCGCUCGCGACGUCUAUCGCCGUGCUCGAUCCGAACACAGAAACGCAGUCGGCCUCGACCGCGCAGUUUUGCAAUAGCUUUGCGCAUAAAAUCGUGCGAACGUUCUCGUCUGCUUCAUCUCACGCGGCUGCUGUGAGAAGCGAUGCCGCGGAGAAGGGCGCGGAAGGGAGCACGCUUGCCAGCACCACUUCUUCUACGCCGUCUUCGUCCUCACGCUACGCGGUGGAGGCGGGCCACCUACGCGACGUGCUCCUCCGAGUUCAGUGCAACAGCCUCGGAUUCCCCUUCACGUCGGAGGAAACGGUGGGGUGGUCGCUCCAGGAAACCCUCUGCAUGGUGAACCAUAGCUGCAACCCUAGCCUCUCGAUUAUCUGUGCGGAAGAUUCGACAGAAAGGGAAGGCAUUUUAACGUAUAUGAUGGGGAACGAGAAGGCGAGAGAGAUCCAAUCGAGUGCAGAUCCUUCCGAGGAGGGCAUUGUAGAGAAACUACACCCACUACUUCGUGGUUGUAUGGCUCUCAAGGCACUACGGAAUAUUGCUAUGGGAGAGGAACUGACUUUAUCGUAUUUAGAUCUUGAACAGCUGGGGGACUCUGUCGAAGAGCGGUCGCGAGAGUUGUCCGAACGGUAUCGUUUUCUCUGCGUCUGUUCGCGUUGUCAACAACAGAGGAAAACAUCUUAG